GCCCAUCUUCCUUGGUUGGGGCCGCAAGGCAACUUGCACGAAGAUCAAAGCAGCCGGCCCUAUUUCUUGGUUUCGUUUGGUCUCCGAGGAGGCGAGGCGGUGUUGACAGGGAAGAAGCUGUCCGAUCGAUUGGUGUCGACUCCUCCUGCGAUCGCGCCCGUAGUCGUCGAUGCAAGCAAGUAAUCCUCUGGAAUUCUUGAUAUUUCCCUUCUUUUGCGCGGACCGGUUAGAAUUUGUGAUGGUUUAAGGCUUGUGGUAUUGAAUCUGGAGGGGAAUACGAUGGUGUUCCCGUCGCAUCUCUGGAUUCCGGAUCGCAAGCAUGGUCUGCACCGCGAGUUGUUCGCAUUUGAUUCAUUAUAACGCUUGUUGUAUUAUUCGUAGAGACACAAUUAUGCAGUUUGGAUGCGUUUUCUGAAGAGAAAUUUUGAUCACAUUGUAAUAAUUACAUCAAUUGAUGCGCUUGGUUUUGAUUACAGUAUUAUUACUUCCUCUCACAUUUAGUUUCCUUCUCAAAGUUUCAAUCUUUGAGUCUGCUAUGUGCUUCUUUGCAUACUAUGUAUCAUCUUUUCUCAGCCAAUUGACAUUCUGUGGCAUAUUUUGCUUGCAAAACGUGAAUAGAAAGGCAGUAUCUUUUGCUCCACACACAAAGGUUCUUUAUAUCAGCACUUGCUUGUGAUAGAGAGACGGGGAGAGGGUGAGUGGAACUAAAACAUGCACUGACGUGCGGGCGGGCGCAGGCUUUAGAGUAAGAAGUGGAUUUAGGGUUUUGAUAUUCGUGCAGAUAUUGGAUUUUUAUAGAAUUCAAUCGGACUUUACGGAUUUUUUGUUGUUGUAGAUUUAUGAAGAUAUUGCAUCACUUAGUACUCAUCUUUUAUCUCCUUAUUAUGAUUAACACCAAUUUACUGCAAUAGGAUCUUAUUAUGCAUGUAUUGCACUUGGAAUAACCUUAAUUGAUUCUCCUCAUUUGUUACCUCAAAAGUCUCUGCUAACCCAUAGAGCUUAGCAGUUUGACGUUCAUCUGUUGAGAGUGAGAAGUGGAUUUAGGGUUUUGACACACACUCAAGUAUUGCAUCACUUACUACCAUAGUGCAGCAGUUUUUGUCUUGUUCCAAUAAGCACCACUUUGGUGCAGUAUGAUAUUAUUGCCUAUAUUGUCACAAGUGAUUCUCCUCUUUUGCUACCUCAAAAUAUAUAAAACCAUUUAUUUUACAGUCAGUACAGCUUUGUAGAUUUUUAGUUUUGUAAAGGUCUCAUCAGGUUUUUGGAUUGAUGCUAUCAUGUAUAUGGUUACUUAGAAGUUUUCUAUGAUGCAAUCUCAAAAUCCAUCAUACACCACAUCUUCUAAAGGUUAUCGUGAACAUCAUAAAAUCAGGCUAGAAACUUUAUGCUAUUUUUUUUUCUUUAAAUUAUUUUUCCACCUUGUUGCAUUGACCAUAACAGAAUGGCUCAGUACAUGCUACAAAGAUUACAUUAGAACAAUAUGGAGCAAUUCCAAUGUGGGGGAAAAAAAGGUACAAUUGAACUAAAAUAGAAAUUUUCUAUGAUGCAAUCUCAAAAUCCAUCAUACACCACAUCUUCUAAAGGUUAUCGUGAACAUCAUAAAAUCAGGCUAGAAACUUUAUGCUAUUUUUUUUCUUCUUUAAAUUAUUUUUCCACCUAGUUGCAUUGACCAUAAAAGAAUGGCUCAGUACAUGCUACAAAGAUUACAUUAGAACAAUAUGGAGCAAUUCCAAUGUGGGGGGGAAAAAGGUACAAUCGAACUAAAAUAGAAGUUUUCUAUGAUGCAAUCUCAAAAUCCAUCAUACACCACUUCUUCUAAAGGUUAUCGUGAACAUCAUAAAACCAGGCUAGAAACUUUAUGCUAUUUUUUUUUCUUUAAAUUAUUUUUCCACCUAGUUGCAUUGACCAUAAAAGAAUGGCUCAGUACAUGCUCCAAAGAUUACAUUAGAACAAUAUGGAGCAAUUCCAAUGUGGGAGGAAAAAAGGUACAAUUGAACUAAAAUAGUGGAGCCAUUUUUGAAGCUAUUUUCUAGUGGUUCAUUUCAUAAUGUUAUUUAUCUAGUGUCAUGCGCUAUCUAUUACAUGGUGAAGUUAACUUUUCAGAGUACAUUGAUAUUAAUAUUGAAUUAGAACAAAAUGGAGCAAUUGCAAUGUGGGGAAAAAAAAGGUUACAAUUGAACUUAAAAUAGCAGAGCCAUUUAGAAGGUAUUUUUUGCAGUAGUUAUUUUCAUAAUGUUAUUUAUGUAGUGUCAUUUGCUAUCUAUUAGAUGGUGAAGUUAACUUUCGAUGAUGGAGCUACAGAUGGAAUGCAUGAGCAACUUGGAAGUGAGCUUCUGCAAUGGAGGCAGUGGCAACUAUUGGAUUCGGUCCUUCCGACCGGUGGCUUUGCUCAUUCUUAUGGACUUGAAGCUGCCAUCCAAACUACUUUUGUGACGAACCCCAUAGAUCUUAAGUCCUAUAUUGUACAAGUCUUGGAGAAUACUGGCAGCCUACUUCUUCCCUUUGUAUAUUGUGCCUGCAAGUCUCCGGACAUUGUUGCCUGGUCUAAGCUGGAUAGGUUGCUCGAAGCAACCUUAACGAAUGAAGUCAGUAGAAAAGCAUCAGCAUCUCAAGGAUCAGCACUUCUAAGAGUAGCGGCAUCGGUAUAUCUCGAGGUUCCAUCUCUCAAAGAAAUGAGAGACAAAUUCUUGGGGUCAGGAUCUGUUUAUUUCCAUCAUGCGCCUAUUUUUGGUCUCAUAUGUGGAUUUCUUGGAUUUGAUAGCAGUACCACGCAGAGGAUGUAUAUGUUCAUGGCAAUGAGAGAUGUUAUUUCUGCUGCGACGAGAUUAAAUUUGGUCGGGCCUCUCGGAGCAUCAGUGUUACAACACCAACUCGCCUUGGUUGCUGAAGAGAUGAUGAAGAAGUGGAUGGACCGACCUGUCGAUGAAGCAUGCCAGGUUGCUCCUAUGCUUGAUGUUGUGCAAGGUUGUCACCAAUACUUAUUCUCAAGACUGUUUUGCUCUUGAUAUCAUGUUAGGGUUGCAGAACACUGCCAAGUAUAUAUUGAAUUUUUGCAGGUUUCAUCAAUCCACAGUAGGAAUUGAUUUUUGAUGAACAAACAAAUGUGAACUUGUAGCCAAGAAAAUUAUCCUUAUUUGGUUUA